GAAUUCGCGCGCUUAAAAACAACGGCGAAAAUCGUCAUGACUUCAAUCGAUCAGCUGAGAAAAUAACGCACUCUUAAUGGAGUCAGUAAAGAUGACAUUGGAGCAGUUGUAUUCGUUACUUUCUUUGUAUUAUUCACUUAAAUGACCGACCUAAGAAUAGAAAACUUUUUAUGUUAAAAAUAAUGCCCAGUUUUUCACCGCCUCUUUCAAUAUUCUUGUUUCCGUGCAUCGGUCUCUUCAUAAACCUCGUAGACUCCCAACCUCUCAGCAGUGAGGUUGAAAACGGGAUCUCAUCAAAAGCGCACGAUACUCACCGACCGGCCGAUCAACAGCUCCAAGACGCGUCUAGCGCCUUCUUCACCGGCAACCAGGAGGGGCCCAGCCCCGGGAACGUAGGCAAUCCGGUGAACAGCCAAGUCAUACCCAACUUCGGGAACGUAGGCAAUCACGUGGGGCCUAACGCCGGAAACUUGGGCAAUCCAUUCGACAACCGCCGCCUCUGGCCCAAUAGCCCCGGAUUUCCUCAAGCUUAUCUCAGUCCCAACGCCAUCUACACCGCCAGGCAAGAACCCCAACUCUUCUAUUACAACAACUCAGCCAUCGAGUACCAGGGGCUCGUUCCAGGAGACAAGAUCCAAUACCCAGACCCUCACCUCUCCUCACUACCGAAUGCCAAGUACGCCAAUCCCCAGCCAGUGGGCUACGACCCGAGCGGGAAUUUGAUCUAUGACCACGGCUACGGAAUUCAAAGCAGCCCUGUUAAUUACCAAACUGCACCGGUAGGUGUCGCUGGUGGCGUCAUGGGUCCGUCGAACCCGUUUUCUUUUGGGAACGUGUCGAGGGGUUUCAGCAGCGAGCAAGGUUUCUACAACCCUAGUUACGGGGUGCACACCGAACAAGACCCAAAAUUAGGAGAGAGGAAACUUCUCAGAGCAGCGGUGCCGGAAGGUGGGCCUGUGUUCCGAGCGAGACGAGAGAUGCCAACCGGUUUCGGCAAGAAAGACCGCGCCGUCGGACGGAGAGAUAGUCUUUUGAAGCAAAUAUUAGGCUCUGUUGGGGAGGACUUCAAAGUUCAAAAAGUGGGGCCGAUUAGUUUAGGGGAUAAAAUUUUGAAACGUGAAGCGGAUUUGGUUGUGAUUCAGAAGAAAAGCGCAGAAAAAAGUAAACGAGAUAGUCACCGAGAUACCGCUUUUGAUAGAAGAAUUCAAAAUUCUGACGGGUUUGAGUCGGUUCGGAAGGACUCAAGCUCUGAAACCGGUUCGCAAGGAGGAGAUUCGGAAGGAAAAGCUGUGAUCCGCCGGGAAGCGAAAUCAAAUUCAGGGACUAUCAGACCCGAUGCUGCGGGGAGCUAUCGAAAAACCGGUUAUCACAGUGAAAAACUGAAAAACCGGAGAGAAGUUGGAGUCAGAACCGGUUCGACGAGUGUUUUGCCUGAUCUCAGAGGGAAACCAGUUUUCCGACGAGCAGCGAGUGUUCCCCUCGAAAGAAAAGCUUCGGACAUCCUGCGAGAGAGAAUAAUGCACUGGAAAGAGGCUAAUCAUCGAUUCAGCUCUGGAGAUGAAAUUUCUGACGGCUUCAGAGUAAAAAUGCUACAGAGGCGAGCAGCAGACUUCAAAACCGGUUUCAGGGAAAAAUCAUCGGACGGUACAGGAGAAGAAUCGAAGUAUGCGCAUGAAAAAUCAUCCGAUCGCAAGUUUGAGGAGAGAGGGGUGAACCGGUUACGAAGACACCCUAAAGACGACAAAAAGUGCUUGUGUACCUCCAAGGUCCCCGUCAACGCUAUAGUCCCAUGCGAUCGGGCCAAAACAGUACCGACCCCAAGGACACCCCCAUCUAAGCACAAUCUCGGAAUGUGCACGACGAGAUGCGUCCUGAACAUCCUGGUCCCGUGCUCCGGAAGGGGCAGAAGCGGACUCUCCGAGGUUCCUGAAAACGCCAUCGUCGCAUCCGAGGAAACCGGUCGUGAAAAUCAGGUUCGCGGUUCUGCGGAGGAUGCCCUGAAGCGAGAUGAAACUUCUCGAACGGAGGAUCUGCAUGGUCCUGAUCUGGUCCAGAGGAACUCUAAGCAGGAGGAGGAAACCGGAAAUGAGUCCAGCCGGGCGGCGACCGUGGAAAAGCAGACUUCCGGUCUGGCGGGGUCCACGGAACAUGAGAAAGCUCAAAGGAGCUCCGCGGAAACGGAAAAAGAGGGUAAAGAACAGGAUUGAGACUGGUCAAUAGGACGUAUUUAUGCUAAAAGGAACUAUGUCUCAUGUAAACCCUA